UAUAUAAAAGACUUGCUGCUCCGUCGGACGAGUCAGUGUAUCUCAAGACAAUCUAACGUACGAGUCUCGUGAAGAAACUUGCAGAGAAAAGUGCUUCACAGUCUUGCCAAGUGAAAUUUUAUUGCUGGAUUUGUUCUUUUUUCCACCCAAAUACGAAAUAUUGAGCAUUUUUAUUUGACCUUCUCGGGCUCAAGAAGUUCAAAUAUUCAGUGAAACGAAAGUGCACUUCUGCGGAAUUUUUUUUGUGCAAAAACCAGUGUGUCUUCGGCCAGAAGAGAAAAAGAACCAACAAUGAAGUUCAGCAUCAUUGCCGUCACCUUUGCUUUUACCUGUUUCGUAAGCCUUUCUCAGGCCACCCAAGUCAGACAAUGUCAAGGUGGAGCUAAGAAAUUGGAGUCCUCUGAGGUGUCGAUUUCCAACUGUGACAAGCCACCGUGCAAACUUCGCCGGAAAACCGACGUGACAAUCGAGCAGAAAUUGACCCCAGAGAAGGACAUUGACAGCCUCACGACUGCCGUCCAUGCAGAGAUCCUCAAUCUGCCGCUGCCAUUCAUUGGCGUCGACGGAACCUCGGCCUGCGAGAAUAUCUUCGAAGAGGAUGGCACCACAAAGUCCGGCUGCCCACUGAAGGCAGGCAAGAACUACGUGUACAAGAACUCCUUCAAGGUGUACGACUUCUACCCCAAGACAAGUCUCGUUGUCCAUUGGGCGCUCCAGAACUCGAACAAGGACGUCACGUGCUUCGAGGUGCCGGCGAAGAUCAUCUAAUUAAAUAUAAGAGACAUUUUUGAGAUAUACAAAUGGAAAAUUAUAAAAAUAAAAGUAGUUUUGAGCUCUGAA